AUGGGUCUCGCGUCUAAAUUAGCAGCCGCACAAGCAGGUGGGAACGCAAACCCUUACGGGGGUGGUGCACCCGCUCAACAGCAAUCAUAUGGUGCUCCCCAACAACAACCUCAACAAGGUCAAUACGGACAACAACCUCAACAAGGACAGUAUGGCCAACAACCUCAACAACAACAAUAUGGUGCUCCCCAAGGUCCACCUCCUACUCCUGGACAAAGACCCACUUCUGGACAAUACGCUCCUCCCUCUGGACCACCUCCUGGUCAAUCCCAAUACGGUCAACAAGGUCAAGGCCAAGGUCAAUAUGGUCAAAAUCAAGGUCAAUAUGGUCAAAACCAAUAUGCUCCUCCAUCGGGACCACCACCGGGACAAUAUGGUCAACAACAAGGGCAAUACGGCCAACAACCCCAAUACGGUCAACAGCAAGGACAAUACGGUCAACAACAACAGGGAUUACCAUCCCAACAAUACGGUAAUCAACCUCCUCAAUAUCGACCCCCUCAAGGUGCUCCCGCGCCCGGUGGAGCAUCAGUAGGUGGUGGUCCCAAUGCUCAAGCUAUCUUGCAAGCUUUACAACAUUGUGUUCAAGAGCAAAAAAUCCAAGCUUUCUACCCACCUGGUACCGGUCAACUCGAAGCUAUUGCUCAGAGAGUAGCUCAAUCAGGUGCUUUACCCAAGAUCGCUCAGGAAUGGAGAAUGCCCCUUGAGCUUGCUUCAGACUUGGUCAAAUUGUCUUUGUUCGAUGUUAUCCUCUAUGUAGAUGAUAGUGGAAGUAUGGCCUUUGAACAAGGAGGCGAACGAAUCGAUGAUUUGAAAUUGAUUUUGUCACGAGUCGCCUACGCAACUUCCCUCUUCGACGAUGACGGUUCCCUGAUCAAAUUCUCUGGUCUUACUCCAAUGGGAACUUCCCUCGAUCAGAAGAUUCUCCAACCUCUCCUCCUCGGUCCAGCUAGAGCAAAUGCUUUGCAAAAGCCUAUUCUCAUUAUUGCUAUAACCGAUGGUACACCCGCUGGAGAAGCAACUGAUAAAGUUAUUCAAGUCAUCGUUAAUGCUAGUCGAGAGCUACAAAGAACCAGAUACGGGCCGGAUGCGGUCUCAUACCAAUUCGCGCAAGUCGGUGAUGACAUGAAAGCCAUGAAAUUCCUUGAAUCUCUUGACAACCAUAAUACGGUUGGCGGGAUGAUCGAUGUCACGUCAAAUUUCGAGGCCGAACAGGCCGAGAUGAUGAGAAAGAACAAUAUCGACCUCAGUCCCGAAGCCUGGUUGAUCAAACUCUUAUUAGGCGGCAUCGAUGAUAGUUUCGAUGAGCAGUAA